AGGACGCGGCAGAGUCGUCUUUCAGAGACGACUUGGACAUCGUUUUGAAGACUGAGAUCAACACGGUUCGUCUUUUUUACAAAGAAGUUCUUUUCUGCUCUUUGGAUUGCUUUUAUUUCAGUAUUUCAGCCUCGUAGCAGCUUUUUCACUUAAUCCUUUUUAACCAUUUAACCUUUUUAACCUUCAUGGGAGUUAUGUGGAGGAUUUUCCUGACGGUCAGUCUGCUCUGCUGGAGCGCUGACGGACAAGUGAAAUGCAGAGACAACAACAACGCAGAAGUGGACUGGUACAUCAUCUACAAGGUACCAGUUACAGACAAAACUACAGGUUUGGAAUAUCUUUACAUUGAUUCAGCUGGAAAGAAGAAGGAUACCUUGACUACAGAUCCUACCUAUAAGCCCAUCAACCAUCCUAACGGUGUCCUGGCAAACACCCUGCGGCCCAUAUUUACCACAUCAAUGACAGACAACUUUGGAUUCAUCACCUACAGUGACCAACCUCCAGGAUGUAAUGCUAUUGAUACGUUUGGUCACAGUAAAGGACUUGUGAUGAUGGAUAAAACCACCACAGGAGUCUGGCUCUUACACAGCACACCACGAUUCCCUUUCAGAAGAGAUCAAAAUAAGUUCUGGCCUGACAGCGGAGCAAAGAAUGCUCAGACGUUUAUCUGUGUAACAUUCAACUACAACACGUUCCAACAGAUAGGUCAACAUCUGCUGGACAUCAAUGCUUUCACAUUUGAUGAUCAUAUUCCAAACAACUUCCAUGAAAACCUUAAGAACCUUAGGAGGACUGAAAAUAACAACAGGCCACAAAGAGUAAAUCAAGUCAAAAUCCAGGACCUGACAUCAGCAGGAGGAACAUUGUUUCGUAGCAUUGCUAAAAAACAGUAUGAAGGCGGAGAAGAACCUGAAGACGAUCAAUGUGGCGAUGAACCUCCUCCUACAAAAAAACCAAGAACAGAACCUCCUCCUACAAUACAAGAACCCAAAGAAGAAUAUGAUGGAGAUCUUUACCUCACUAUUGCAGAGACGUACACGACUAAUGUGAAAGUCCAGACCUGGUGCAGCAAGAAGGAAAGUUCCUACUGCAAAGGACCUCAAGUGAUCAGAAUUAAAUCUGUAAAAACUAAUCUGGGUAACGUGGAGGUUAAGUGGAGGCCUGGUAAAGAUCAUUCCAAGUGGUGUGUAGCUAAAAAUAACAAUAAUCAUUUGAUCUGUAUCGCUGAUGUAAACAGAGCACUCAGCCAAUACGAAAGGCCGGGGGGCGGACUGUGCUUUAUACAUCAACAGGCAAGUGAACUAUUUAAAGGUGUUAUUGCUGAAACUGAGGAUUGCCGUUAGUCCAAAUCAUAAUGGGGCCUCUUCCCGUAAGCAUCUCCGUGAAUCUGACUCUGAUGAUGAUUAAUAUUUGAUCAGAUAAAUACGCCUCUCCUUGCCAGUGUACGUUGUUUUAAGUCCUGUUUUUUCCAGUGUUUGGGAUGAUGCUUUUUAUCCAAAGCGACUUACAAUUGCUAUAUAUGUCAGAGGUCACACGCCUCUGGUGCAACUAGGGGUUAAGUGUCUUGCUGGGGG